AUGCAAUAUGACAAGGAGAGUGGCCAAGUUUACUCGGAAGAAGUGAUUCGAGUCGCGCCCUCUGCCCGCAAAUUGAGGGGAUUCGCAUGGGUUCACGAAUCUCCGUUCCUGCCCCGAGGAUGGGAGGCGCACAGCCCGGUUGGCGCUCAUUCUCUGAAGCAUAUGGCCAUGAGAGCCGUCUUGGCUGACCAACGGAGCCUGACUUCCAUGCACUUUAAAGGGGUUCCUUGGUCGAUUGCGGAGUAUCUUUGGGGCUGUAUACGCCGAAGCAAACGCACAAGCCUGUAUUUGUGGAAAAUUUUCGCAGAAACCUACCCUACGAAAUUUAACCAAAUAGCUCCUCGCUAUUUACUAAAGCUAAGCUCCCAGCAGAUGCCGGUCAGCAAUUAUUUAAAGCUUCUAUCGUCGAAGACCCUGAGCUGGUUAGCUAUCGUAAGCAUAUCAACCGAGUUUUUCGAACCUCAUGAGUUCCUUGAGAUCGCUAAUGUUCCCAAUAUAUUUGGCCUGGAAAUCCGCUCCUGGCCAAUACUAACUGACAAUGGAUACACAUCGCCCGCCACUAUAUCUGACCGCAUCGUCAGAGGUUGGAGUGAAAUGGCCCUUGCAGGCCGCGCCUUUGGGCAGCUUCGGAUUCUGGUUCUCCGUCUCCAGUCUGCUAUGACUGAGCACAUGUUUACCUAUCUCGAAGCAUUUCCAUUACUAAGAGUGUUCAUCAUGCAAGCAUGUCCGAGGCUGUACAGUAAAGAGGCGAGGGAGCUCGCAGAACAGCAUGGCUGGGAAUCUACCACCGUCAAUUAUCCAGAUAGUAGUCUUUACAGGAUUAUAAUGAACAUGGAGAGCGACCUAAGAGCCAGCUCAGAGGGGAGUUCUUUUAUGCUCCACACCUCGCCGGUGGUUGAAUUUUCUCUACUCCGUCGCAACUUGAUGUCUCUUGACUCGGAAGAUCAGAUAUUAUUCAGAAAGAAACUCAGGCGGCGCGGAUCGCAUCUAGUUCCCCAGAAGGACGUGACCGGAAACCAGCAGAUCGUCCGUGCCGGGGAACCAGCUAAGCCUAAGAAGAAAGAAAAGAAACCUGUGGUAAAGGAGAACCGUAAGAAAGAAGUGGAGGAUCUCCUUGCAGAGUUUAACUUUUUAGUUGUUUGCGUUUUCGUUUUUGUAUAUUCGGGCAAAAGAUAA